GUGUCUCUGCGUGGAGUUAUGGCUCUUUUCUUGGACUCAGACUUUUCUUUCCUCAAACAGAACCAGCAGAAAGAGAUGAUGGGGUUCAAAGCGUUAUAUGGAGAGCAGGAUCCCUGGAAAGAUGUCCGGGGUGAGACCGGGGUGUCCUCUCCGGAGCCGGAGAGGGCCGCCGGUUUGACGGAGGGCCAGAGGAAAAGGAAGCGGACCAUCUUCAGCCGAGCCCAGCUGUCUGAGCUGGAGCAGGCCUUCGCUGUGACUCCCUACCCGGACAUCACCCUGAGGGAGAGGCUGGCCGCGCACACACACCUGCCCGAGAGCAAGAUACAGGUGUGGUUCCAAAACAGAAGAGCCAGAAGUAUCAAGACUGGGAGACUCCCCAAGUCAACCAAGCCCGUCCUGGGAGGUAGAGGAGUUGUUGAUCCCUCCCCUGGGCCCGUGACAUCUGCUCUCCUUGCCUCAACCACCCUGGCAGACAUAUUCAGGCCAGAGCAGACCCACUCCUGUGAAGACGUCCCGCAGAUUUAUUCCGACUGGAUACAAAUCUACAGCAACCCGGUAUCAUCUCCACCAUCUUCCUCGUCUCUCCACCCGCAGCCCGGCUCCUCAAAGCCAUCAGAGUCUCGUCUCUGGGAGGAGGAGCAGCACCACCACCACCAUCACCAGCGGCAGCACCUGGGACCGGCAAUCCCCAGCUUCCUUCCUGGGUCAUUUCCUCAGCCCAUCACCAGGCAGCCUCGCCACCCGGCCCCCACCCACUCCUACCAGGCAUUCAGGAACUUCAAACCCCAGAGUAUGGCUCCAUCUGGUGCUCAUCAGGCCAUGUACGGAGGCAGAGCCAGGGGUGGAGGUCACACCUCUGUAGACCAGGUAGUCCCCUCCCACCCUCAGUCGGUGUACUGGGAGGUAACUCAGGGCCAAGGUCACCACCACCCGCACCAUCACCCCCCACAAAUGGGACCACAGACCUCCAUGGGCUACAUCUCAGACCUGAUCUACAACGCUGCUAUUGUCACCAACUUUUUGGAAUUCUGAUCAGUCUGGAUGAACUUCGGGAAAUAUGAAUACUUUUUAAGUCAACAAGGAUAGCUGGAGCUGAAUAGGGCUUCCAUUUCUAUCAGUGUUUCCCUUGACAACGCCUCCUCUGUCUGUCCUGUGCGUUGAGCUUGUGGUUCCUCAAACCUCUAUAUACUCGGCUUGUCCUUGUGUUGUCUUUUUACUAUGUUCCAGUCAUGUUCUGAAAUAUGUUUGGGAGUGAUUUGGUUCAUUUCACCCCGGUUCAAUUCGCAGUAUUUUACAGUUGCUUUGGCUCAGUUUUCACAACAGAGUUUCAGCGUGAAAAACGUCAAAUGCAAACAGUCAACACUAAAUCACAUGCUGCGGGCUCGGAACACACGUUUCACUGCUUACAACUGAGCAUCACUGAGUCGCACAUGUGACGUUCAUUUUGCUCAUGUCAAAAAUAAUGGCAGUGGUGGAGAUUUAAAUGUCAAAUGUUUUAAUGUAUUGUCUGUUGCUGUAAAUUGUGAUGUACUGUCAUAGCGAUGUUUUCCAGCAUUACUGUAGCUUAUUGGAUGUAUGUAGGAUUUGGCGACUUGAAUAGAUCGAUACAGAACGUAGAGAGUAAACUGACACAGUGAAGUUCGAUCACAAUCAUCAUUUUGUCUUAUAUGACUGUUCAAGUUUCAAAUCAGACUUUGGACUACGUUAUCUACUGAAUAUUUACAACAAUACAACAUGUCCAAUAAAUAAACUGAACACUUUCAAAAGUCAUUCUUACACUACAUUUUGCAAAUGCUGACUUCUGCUGGAAUUGCACCUUUUUUCCUUCAUUGCUAUUUGUAUUAUUUUGAGGAAAUGACCACCACAAAUUGUGUUUGGAUGAGACGUGGCUACUGUUUGACUGCAAUGCAAUUCCCUGAUACAUGCACUCUAAGGGGUAUUACCAAAUUUGAUUUGAGAGUUAUGUAAAAGUUUAGCAAAUUGAAACUCUUUGUGGAAUGAAAACUGAG